AUGGUGGCAUCCAGUCAGAGCCAAGAGGACCAUCGAGGUCAGGAGUUCAUCCUAGCCUUCAUCAAUGGCCAUGUCAACGAAAAACACUAUGCUUUAUACUUUUGGAGCGAAGAGGCUGCCGCAGUAACGACAACAAGCGACCACACUAAUUUCUUCAAAACAGAAACACUAACCCCACUGUCUCCAAAAUCCGUUUAUAUCCCAGGUUCCGCCUUUGAGUAUCUCGGAGGAAUGACAAUGGCCAUUGAGCGGAAAGUCGUGUACGUAACGUCAACGAAACCCAUAUCGUUGUUCGGGUCCAGCUACAGACAAGAAAGCGGCGGGACUUUCCUCGCCAUCCCGGUUAAUCACUUAACCGGACAUUAUGUCCUUGUGUCCAGAUCAGCCAUCCCUGCCCCGAGUGAGUUCAUCAUCGCUGGGACACAGGACAAUACAGAAGUAACCAUCGCCCUUCGCCUCAUCACUGGGAGCUGUGGCAGUGAUGGACACACGGACGGAACCACCAUCACGAAGACCAUCAACCGCUUUGACGUGAUUGGCUUAACAUGCGGAGGGGAUUUCACAGGCACCGUCAUCACCAGCGACAAACCAGUGGCAGUGUUUUCAGGAAACCAGAUGGCAGCAUUACCUGGAACCUCACCCAAGGCGGACCUUCUGAUGGAGAUGAUGAUUCCUGUUGAAACCUUUGGAAGCAGUUACAUCAUCACAACAACAUCCCAGAGUCCCACUGGCACCAUCCACAGAGUCGUUGCCCAUUUAGACAACACAACGGUGACAGUUGGGGGUCAAGCUCAAUUCGUCCUGAAAGCUGGAAGCUUCCUGGACAUCGACUCAUCAACAACAGGCACGCAGCUGCUCUAUUCCUCCAAACCAGUCCUUGUUGUCAUGUACGGUACUUUGGUGGUCGGGGGUUUUGGGGACGUAUUUAUGGCGAUUGUUCCCCCCACUAACCGCUUCUUCAGCAACCCCUGGUACGACUAUACAUGGCUGUUGGUGACAUCACUCAACAUCUACGUCACCGUGUACUACAACGCCACCGCCUACCCUGGGGUUACAUUUAGCGCACCUGAUCAGAUUGAACACAUCCCUGGGAGUGACCUUGCUGUGCUGUCAGCUCCUGCCCUGGAUGUGAAGGGGUCAUCUUUUGAGACACAGGUCCAGCAUCUUGGAAUGGUCAUCUAUGGACAGAAGAGUCACGAUGCUGCAUACGGAUUUCUGGGAGGGAUGUCCUUUGGUUCGUAUUGA